CCCUCUAGGAAGUGAGCUAAAGUAUGGAACGUUCAAAAACAGCAAACAGGAUACAUAGUGACACAGUGUCCCAUCAUCUCUAAAUGGAGUGACUGUCAGUAUGUGGUACCUAAAUGGCUUCAGCCCUGGGGAAUGGACACUCUGCCUGCUUGUCUGCUGUGUUACUGUUACUGGAUCAUCUGCUGGUGGCAAGGGAUCUGUGCAGAAGGACACAGUCUCAGGUGGUAUGAAUGUACUUUUGUUAAUUGUGGAUGAUCUUAGGACAAGUCUUGGAUGUUAUGGUGACAGUGUUGUAAAGUCCCCUAACAUUGAUCAACUGGCCUCUCGGAGCGUAAUAUUUACAAAUGCGUAUGCCCAGCAAGCAGUUUGCGCUCCAAGUAGAGUAUCCUUCUUAACAGGCAGAAGGCCGCAAACAACCAGGCUUUUUGACGUCCAUUCCUACUGGAGAACUCAUGCUGGAAAUUACUCCACUCUCCCGCAGUACUUUAAAGAACAUGGCUAUGAAACAAUGUCAGUUGGAAAAGUGUUCCAUCCAGGUAUUUCAUCCAAUCGCUCUGAUGAUUACCCAUACAGUUGGUCAAAUAAACCAUUUCACCCAUCUUCUGAAAAAUAUGAGAAUGAAAAGACCUGUAAGGGUAAAGAUGGAAAGCUUCAUGCAAAUCUUGUAUGUCCGGUGGAUGUCUCAGAAGUCCCUGAGGGAACGUUACCCGAUAUACAAAGCACAGAAGAAGCAAUAAGACUAUUGCACAAUGUCAAGCAGAAGAAAUCUUCGUUUUUCCUAGCUGUUGGCUAUCACAAACCUCAUAUCCCGUUCCGAUUUCCAAAAGAGUUUCUAAAGUUAUACCCAAUUGAAAACGUUACAUUGGCUCCUGAUCCAUAUAUACCAAAGAAACUACCUUUAGUUGCAUAUAACCCGUGGACAGACAUUCGGAAAAGAGAGGAUGUGCAGGCGUUAAAUAUCAGUUUCCCAUUUGGACCUAUCCCAAAACAUUUCCAGCUUUUGAUUCGCCAGAGUUACUAUGCCUCUGUCUCCUACCUUGAUACCCAGAUUGGAAAGUUGCUGAGUACCCUGGAUAACCUAGAAUUAUCAAAUAACACAAUAGUUGUGUUCAUCUCAGAUCAUGGCUGGUCCUUAGGAGAGCAUGGUGAAUGGGCAAAGUAUAGCAAUUUUGAUGUGACCACACGUGUGCCACUCAUGUUCUAUGUACCAGGAGUUACUAGUAUCCAACAAUCAAAAGAACCCACUUUUGAGUACAUAGAUCCAUUCAAAUAUGGGUUGGGUAACAAACUUCCAGGCAAAUCACUGGAUGUUCCUGUCGAACUAGUGUCGCUAUUCUCAACAAUUGGCGAACUUGCUAAACUUCCGGUUCCUACUGACUGUCCAACCCCUUCAUUUCACGUAGAGCUGUGUACAGAAGGUCAGAGUAUUGUACCAUACUUUCACAUGCCAAAAGAAGAGAAUAACUCAGAUGUUGCUGCCUUUAGCAGUUACCCCCGACCAUCUGACACUCCACAAUGGAAUUCGGAUUUACCAGACCUUAAAGACAUACGAGUCAUGGGAUAUUCAAAAAGAACAGUUGAUUAUAGAUAUACAGUGUGGGUUGGCUACAAUCCUGUUACGUUUGAGGCCAAUUUUACAGACAUUCAUGCUCAAGAGCUGUAUCUGGUUAAAAGUGAUCCAAAUCAAGAUGAUAACUUGCUUAAUAAUUCAUUGAGAUAUGAAUGUUCAAAUGUUUUGGGGGUACAAAAACGUGUUGGCAAGAUAACUCAGUGGGAUAAACUAGCUGCAUUCGAGCUGUGUGUAACCUAAAGGUCAUAUUACGUCCUGAUAUCAUUCUUCUGCGGUUGAAGAAAUUAGUUAAAAAUCAGUCAGCUAACCAUAAUAUUAUGUGAUUCUCUAUAAAGAGUUUUUGAAUAAUUUUUUUAUGCUAUGAUUUUGUACACAUAGCAUG